AUGAAUAAGAAGCAGUGGCUAGGUGGUAUUCCGCUGAUAAUCGGGAUCUUUAACAAACCAAACCUGCGAAGUGGGGAGAAGGGGCGCAAUCGCGGCAAUGGAAGACGUGGCGGUAGUGUCAUCAGAAGGAGGAGGAGGAGGAGGAGGAGGAGGAGGAGGAGGGCGAUUUUGGUGGGAGUUACCUCGCCGCGGUCGGCGGUAGAGAAUUGGGUUGGGAGGAGUAGCCGGGCAAACAGUCUCCCCCCCCUCCAGUUUUUGGAGAGCUUGCAUGCAGUAAUAAAAUGCUGUGCUGAAGACAACCGCAAUGGCCGAGCCUGA